AUGAGGGGCUCUUUUAUCCCGAGCGAAAUUGUCCAGUCAGAGUCCCAGCUGGUGGAGUCCGGAGGGGACAUGAGAAGGCCUGGAGAGUCUGUCCAUCUCUCCUGCCAAGCCUCCGGAUUCACGUUCAGCAGCUACGGCAUGGACUGGGUCAGACAGGCUGCAGGGAAAGGGCUGGAAUGGGUGGCAUACAUAAGCUCUGGUUCAAGUGAUAUUAACUACUCAGAAAAUGUCAAGGGGUGCUUCACCAUCUCCAGGGAUGAUUCCCACAGCCAGCUGUAUCUCCAAAUGAACAGCCUGAAGCCAGAGGACACGGCAGUCUAUUACUGUGGAAUAUGUCUUCAAGGACAGAUGAUCCUGUGGCUGAAUUUGGUUUCCUUCCUAGCAGUCCUCAGAGGUGUCCUGUCAGAGGCCCAGUUGGUGGAGUCCGGAGGGGACGUGAGAAGGCCUGGAGAAUCCCUCCGCCUCACCUGCCAAGGCUCUGGGUUCAGCUUCAGCAGCUAUGAGAUGCACUGGGUGAGGCAGGCCCCUGGAAAAGGACUGGAAUGGGUGGCAUUGAUAACCUCUGGUUCCAGUACUUACUACUCGGACAAAGUCAAGGGACGCUUCACCAUCUCCAGGGACAACUCCAAAAGCCAACUCUAUCUGCAAAUGAACAGCCUGAAACUGGAGGACUCGGCAGUCUAUUACUGUGCGAGGGACACAGUGAGAGGAAGUACGAAUUAUUCAAUACGCCUGUCUUGA